CCGAGAGAGGCGGCAGCAGCAGCAGCCUAGGAAAGCAAGCAGGCAAGCAGAGAUGGCUCUCUAGACCACAGCUUCUCUCUCCCUACGCCCCCCCCCCCCCCUCCACUUAAAACGAACUCAGUCUUCUGCUGAAGCUGCCUAGCAACAAGAACGGAGGUAAAUCAUCUAUUUUAUUCAACUAGGCUACUAUGGCUUUGUAGUGCUUUAUCCCCCAUGAACACUGACUAAAUCUGCAAGCACUGGCAUGGAUACGGACGGCUGAACACUGCAUUGGGGACAAAAAAAAAACGGAAGAGAUCUGAGGAAGCAUUCAAUGCUAGAUGAGCUACCAGGAGACCAUCUGGGUAUGCAGAGGGAAUGCUGGGAUUCGUUUUGCUUCCAAACCCAGGGAAUAUAAAACACUUGUCUAUGAAUGGAACAGGCAAUAGGACAAGCAACAUGCAGACGGACAGUAGGCAAAAGAGUACACCAAGGGGAGUUUUUUAAAGGAAGUGCGCAUGUUCUCUCGCAAAUUUUUUCGGCCAAGCAAUGACGUGCCAAAACUAUUCGAUAGGUGUAUGCCUAACACCAUGAAUGUAAACAGUAAAAAAAAAAAAAAGGUAUAUCUUCCUUUAGAGAAGUGUCCAUCAGCAAUUGAAGAAUGAAGACCAACCAAGAAUAGCAAUUGCUACAUUUUGUUGGCAGGAUAAAAACAACUGAAGUUUGGGCAGAUGCAGUACACUGCAUCUGCGGCCCAAAAGCAUGCUUCAGUGGAGGAGACGUCAUUGCUGCUUUGCUAAAAUGUCCUGGAACAGCAAGAGGUCCCUCUUCCGUACGCAUCUCACUGGCCUCCUAUCACUUGUGUUUCUCUUUGCUACAUUCCUGUUUUUCAACCAUCAUAACUCGUUCCCUGGCAGAAUUGGACUUAAAGAGAAUCCAGUUACCCAUAUAAUCCGUGGAUUCAAAACUACUAAAAGUGAAACCAAUAGUUCAUUGAGAAAUAUAUGGAAAGACACUAUCCCUCAAACACUGAACCCUCAUACAGCAUCCAAUGCAAGUAACACAGAAUCUCUACAGCAAGGCGUGACAGGAUUGGAAAACACGUUGAGUACUAACGGGAGCAUAUACAGUGAAAAAGGCAAUGGCCAUCAAAAUGUGUACCACUAUAAGUAUGUAAUCAAUGAGCCUGAGAAAUGCCAGUACAAAAGUCCAUUUCUUAUACUACUCAUAGCUGCAGAACCAAGACAGAUUGAGGCUCGUCAAGCCAUAAGACAGACCUGGGGAAAUGAAAGUCUUGUACCAGGAAUUCAAAUUGUGAGACUCUUCCUCUUGGGUUUAAAUGUCAAGUUAAAUGGAUUAAUCGAACAGGCCAUCAUGGACGAAAGUCAACAGUAUCAUGACAUCAUUCAACAGGAAUAUUUAGAUACUUACUACAAUCUGACCAUUAAAACACUCAUGGGAAUGAACUGGGUGGCCACAUAUUGUUCACACGUUCGCUAUGUCAUGAAGACAGACAGUGAUAUGUUUGUAAAUACUGAAUAUUUAAUAAACAAGUUAUUGAAGCCAGACCUUCCUCCAAGAACCAAUUACUUUACAGGGUAUUUAAUGAGAGGGUAUGCACCAAAUCGGAACAAAGACAGUAAAUGGUACAUGCCGCCGGAUUUGUACCCAAGUGAGCGGUAUCCAGUGUUUUGUUCUGGGACUGGCUAUGUGUUCUCUGGGAACCUGGCAGAAAAGAUAUUUAAGGUCUCCUUAAGUAUCAGACGAUUGCACCUAGAGGAUGUUUAUGUCGGAAUUUGUCUCGCCAAGUUGCGUAUUGAUCCCGUGCCUCCGCCCAAUGAGUUUGUAUUUAAUCACUGGAGAGUUUCCUAUUCAAGCUGUAAAUAUAGCCACCUAAUUACCUCCCAUCAGUUCCAGCCCAGUGAGCUGAUCAAAUAUUGGAAUCACUUACAACAAAAUAAGCACAAUGCCUGUGCAAAUGCAGCAAAGGAAAAGGCUAGCCGUUACCGGCAUCGUAAAAUGCACUAAAAGAACUGAAAAGAGGA